ACUCUGAGAACUAUAAAAGUUAUUUCCUUUGCUUUAAUUGUGUAAUUUAUAUUCAUUUGUAACCAUCAAAGGUUUUUGUACGUUAACAUUCAAAGGAAAUAUUUAUUUUCAGACUUGAGAUAAUGGUCAUCUUUGUAACGUAAUUCACAUUCAUUCAUAAAAUGCAUAUCCAUGUUUUCUAAUGAUUUAACAGUGACAAUUCCACAAAUUGGAAUACGGAAAAUGAAAAUUCUUAUUACACUAUCUUUGAAAUGAUAACAUAAAUAUAUCUCUAAAUUUUUAUGAUCGUUAAACAUCAAAUCAAAUCACGUUUCGCAAAAAAAAAUAUUGUUAAGUAUUAGGCGAAAUCACCAGUUGUAUAGUCUGAAAAGGCAGAAUCAUAACUUUUUACGGAUGAUUUUAGCAACAUAUACACCAUUUCUAGUGCCCAAUUAAGUUUGAUAGGUUUAAACAAUAAACUCUGUACUAAAAUAAGUCUGUUUGAUAAAACAGACGGUGUAACGUAAUUCACAUACGAAUUUGUAAGUGUUAAUAUGGAAGUAAACAUUUUGAAUACGUACAUUUUUCUUAUCAAAAGAAGAUUUAUUACAGUUCUUCAAAAACCGCAAGUGCCAAAUAUAUUUCCCUUAUAACUAAGAAAAUCGUAACGUAAUCCACUGCAUGAAAUGGGACACUCGCGGUUUUGUUGUAAAACUUAUUUUUGGUAAUUGUGGAGAAAAUUAUGUGUAAAAAUGUAUUGUCUAUCCCUUUAUUCUUCUAGAGAACAUUAUUUUGCCUUCUUUCUUAGGACUUCUAGAUUAUUUUCUCAAACAGUAAUACGAUCACCCUUGUUUGUGACAUCCGGUUUUUGUCAAAUUAGGCUUGGAAAUCCUUCAGUUUUGUACAGUAAAUGUGAUCAAUACAUCACAAUAUCUCUAUUUACUAACCGGCCAUACCUUGAUGUUAAAUUGAACCCUCAAAUACAAUUAAAAAUGUGGUUUUCUGUCAUCGAAAAAACCCUUGUGACAAGGAAAAUGGGGUUUGGCGCACUUUAUUUUAUAUGAAUGAAAACACUUUACUAUACGAAAGUUCCAUAUCAUUUUGACGACAAUUUUACAUUCUAUCCAUUCGAUAUCAAUACCCAUCAUUAAAAUGCGAAUUAUUGAAUCUGUUAGCUUGGAUAUUCUAAUAUUUACGUAAAUAUAGCAUGUACAAAGGGAACAACAGUACGUGUCGCACACACUUUACCAAAAUGUUGAUAGCUUUCUUAAAACUAAUGAUAUAAACAUAAAAUUUUGCAGAAUAACUAAGAUGGUGAUUUUGAUAAUAUAAUUUAAGAUUGUGAUGUCAUCUAUAAGCCUCAACGUUAUGAAAAUAGACCAUGUCCAUGAUACAUUUUGUAGGUACAUGUACAUUUGGAUAUUUGAAAGAAUUCUGAAUAAUUUUUUUCAAAAUUUGAAUAAGUGAUAUACUUAAGAAACGAUGAAUAUUGUAUCAUAGGUGUUUGAUAUGUGGAUUAUUCAUUGCGGUUAUGCUAGUUAGAUUAUGUGUCACAAUUCUAAAAUGCCUGUUAAUAUUAUUUUUUGAUUAUAUUAAGUUAAAUUAUAACGAUUUUAAAAAUAGUUUUUUUGAACAAAAUUUUAACAUGACAUGUAGUUUAUUGCCAAAGUUACGAUGGUAUUGAAUGCAUAGCUAUGUGUCACAAUGAUAAUUUGUUGUUCAAAACGUUACAAAUCUACGGAGUCAACAUUGAAUGUCACACUUUUCGUAAUUGUAUUAUGUUAAUUGAAAUUGAAUAACUAUUUCAAAAUCAAUCAUUCGUAGAGCUAAUUCAUGAAAUAAUACUUUCAUUUAUAUUUUAUAUUUAUAUUAUAGGAAUUUCUGUGCGUGCGUACAGAGAGAUGAUCAGGUCAGAUGUCACAAUUCACUUCACCUGCACCAGAUGCAAAAGAAGCCAAGAAGAAACAAUCAGUGGUCCAAGGCUUUGGACACAAUACGGGGAGUUUGACGUUUCUAUCAUCCUGGGUGGUGUGAGUGGCAGUAAUACCUGUAGUUUGAACGCCACUUAUAUUAUAGAGACGUCAGAUCGAGAGGGACAGACGGACACAACAGGUGAGGAUACCAACCCACCACCCACGCAUAACCUUACAGCUAGUUUCGAUGUUACAAGAAGGCCUGUUGGCGACGAACCAGAAGCCAUAGAAGUUUCCCUUCAAGAGCCAGCACUCGAGGAACAUAUUCUGGUAGAUGUUCCUGUGACCUACAAGAUCAUAGAGCAGGGAUCACAACGGGGAAAGAGGAAGCUGGUGAGCAGCGACAGCUAUGAGUUUGUGAAGAAGGUCUCUAAAGGCGACUUCACAUAUUGGAGAUGUUCAAAGCGGUCAAAGUCUGUUAACUGCCCUGCAACAAUAUCGCAGAAAGGGGAAACAUUUAAAGCGAACUCUAGGGACCACACUCACCAGGCAGACAAAAGUGCUCUGAAGAAAGUACAGGUUUGGAAAGAAGUCAAAUCCAAGUGUGUUGACGAUGUUCAUAAGCCUGCACGUCGUGUCGUCGAGGAUGCCAUGCUAGACUUCAUCGACGAAGACGACCAUCGGCUGCCUAACGUUCGCAAUCUGCAAAGAUUAGCCAACAGAGUCCGCGAGGAUCUGAGGCCAGCAGAACCCAAAGAUCUGGAAUUUGUCAUUGAUACAGAUUAUCUGCAAUGCAGAGAUUUCCUUGUGGGUGAUAUACUUGUUGAUGAAGGGAGGCAUCUCAUUUUCUCGACCCCAAAUCAACUGCGGAUCCUGCAACAAGCCAGAAGGUGGUUCUGUGAUGGGACAUUUAAGAUCCUUGCCAAACCUUUUCAGCAGCUUUGGUCCAUCCAUGCGUUUGUUACCAAAGGAGAAAGUUUCAAACAGGUUCCACUGGUAUUCUGUCUAAUGUCCAGGAGGAAAGGCAGGGAUUAUGUUGCCGUAAGUUCUUUGUCUGUAAUUUUCAUUGUAAUACAUGAAAACGUAUACUCAAACAUGAUAGGCCUACCCUAUUAAUUUCUUCUAAUAUCAAUUUUUUUUUAUUUUAUUAAGAUAUUCCCCAAGUCUGAAAUAAGUGCACAGUUUAAUUUAUUUCGAUUAUUGUACCAGAUUUCAAUGUAUUUAUCACAGAGUUAUUUCUUUACAAUUUUCCUAAAUCUAUACUAACUAAA